AUCCUCCGCCCGCUGCUGCUGCUGCCACAGACGGUCCAAGUCUCCUCCAGACGUCCACGGUUGAAACACACUGACAGCCCACCACCCAACGCCACGAUGACUGAACCAGCACCCAAGGGCAAGAUCUCUGCCUCCAGAAAACUAAUGCUGAAGAGCCUGAUGCUGGCGAGGGCCGCCGAGGCGCUGGAGAAGGAGAAAGUGGACAGGCAGAACGACAAACAGAACUUCAUGGUGGAGCACGUGCCAGAGAUGUCCCUGUCUGGAGUCAACCUCCAGAAGCUGAUGGAGCUGUGCAGGGAGAUGCACACCAAGUCGGAGCAGGUGGACGAGGAGCGAUAUGACAUUGAGUACAAGGUGCUGAAAAGCAACAAAGAGAUCGAGGACUUGAACCAGAAGAUCUUCGACCUCAAGGGCAAGUUCAAGCGACCGCAGCUGAAAAGGGUGCGAAUGUCGGCGGACGCCAUGUUGCGGGCCCUGCUGGGCUCCAAACACAAAGUGUCCAUGGACCUGCGGGCGAACCUCAAAUCAGUGAAGAAGGAAGACUCAGACAAGGAGAAGCAUGCCGAGGUCGGUGAUUGGAGGAAGAAUAUCGAGGCGAUGUCUGGGAUGGAGGGCAGAAAGAAGCGAUUCGACACCGCGAAUCAGUAACGGGACUCUGGCGAGGCAAUGACAU